AUGUGGAGGCAAGAGAAUAAGUGUGGAGAAGGAAUUCUGUCAUGGAAGAUAGUGGCAUUUACCGUUGUCAUUUUGCCUCUGGUGGCACUGAAGACGCAUGACAUCAAAUGCAAAGUCAGCAACUCUCUUCCUAUUCUUCACAAGUUUUACCAGCCUGGAGACUUCAUCAUUGCCAGCAUUAUAGCUCAGAUAUAUAGAUUUUACAUGCCACUAAGUUUCGCAAAGCGCCCUGCUAAUGACAUCUUUGAAGACACGGUAGUGAUGACCCAGAUCUACCAGCAUAUCCUGGCCUUGAUAUUUGCUGUCAAGGAGAUCAAUGAAAACCCCCAGAUUUUACCUAAUGUCACCCUUGGUUUCCAUAUCUAUAAUAGCUAUUUCACUGCAAAAUGGACCUAUCAUGCCUCACUGGAACUCUUCUCUAGACUGGGCAAAUCAGCCCCCAACUACAAAUGUGAUAUUCAGAACAAUCCAGGAGCAGUCAUUGGGGGACCUGUCUCUGAAGUCUGUCUCUACAUGGCAGAUAUUCUGUCCAUUUAUAAGAUUCCACAGCUCAACCACUUUGUUAAAAGCAUCUCAUUUAAUAAUAGUGAUGGGGGGAAAGUUUCCUUCAACCAAAAUGGAGAGUUAGAGUCUGGAUUUGAUAUUAUAAACUGGGUUACAUUUCCAAACCAGUCCUUUCGGAGAGUGAAAGUUGGAAAAAUCGACCCCAUGGCUCCCCAAGAAGAAGCAUUCAGCAUUUGUGAAGAAGCCAUUGUGUGGCCCAGCAGUUUUAACCAGGCACAGCCCCUUUCUCUUUGCAGUGCCAAUUGUCCUUUGGGUUAUCAAAAAACAAAGAAGGAAGGGAAACCAUUUUGCUGCUAUGAUUGCAUUAUAUGUCCGGAAGGGAAGAUUUCCAACCAGACAGACAUGGAUGAAUGCUUUCAGUGCCCACCAGAUCAUUACCCAAAUGUGGAAAAGGAUUCUUGCCUGCCAAAGAACAUACAAUUCUUGUCUUAUGGGGAACCACUGGGGAUCUCUUUGGCCUGUUUUGCCCUCUCUUUUGCUUUCAUCACAGGGUUGCUGCUUUGGAUUUUCAUUAGGCACCGGGACACUCCCAUAGUCAAAGCCAACAACCGCAACCUCUCCUACACUCUCCUCACCUCCCUCUUGUUCUCCUUCCUUUGUGCUCUUCUAUUCAUUGGUCGACCUGAGAAAGUGACGUGUCUCCUUCGACAAACAGCUUUUGGCAUCAUCUUUUCAGUGGCCGUUUCUUGUGUUUUGGCCAAGACAAUCAUUGUGGUCCUUGCUUUCAUGGUCACCAAACCAGGGUCCAGCAUGAGGAAAUGGGUGGGGAAACAACAGGCCAUUUCCAUUGUUCUUUCCUGCUCAAUGAUUCAAGCUGCUCUUUGUACUGUGUGGCUGGCAACUUCUCCCCCAUUCCCAGAUUUAGACAUGCACUCAAUGAAUAAAGAAAUUGUUCUGCAAUGUAAUGAAGGGUCUGUCACCAUGUUCUACUGUGUCUUGGGGUUUAUGGGCUUGCUGGCCAUUGUCAGCUUCUCUGUAGCCUUCCCAGCCAGGAAGUUACCCGACAGCUUUAAUGAAGCCAAGUUUAUCACCUUCAGCAUGCUGGUAUUUUGCAGUGUGUGGUUGUCCUUUGUUCCAACUUACUUAAGCACAAAAGGAAAAUAUAUGGUGGCUGUGGAGAUCUUCUCCAUCUUGGCCUCCAGUGCUGGUUUACUAGGCUGUAUAUUUUCACCAAAAUGUUAUAUUAUUGUGAUGAAGCCUGAAUUGAAUAGCAAGGAGCAACUCAGAAGGAAGACUUGA